UUUUAAUUUAACGAAAAAUAUGUGGACUUACAGUGUUAUUAUGUGUUUGAUUUUUGUUAAUGUGACGUGUGAUAAAAAUGAUUCCUCCAAGCAUUCGGAAUCAACGAGCUCUUCAGCAGUAAUACACACACAUGUGAGUCAACUACUCGAGUUAUGUUAUUCAAAUGUGUCAAAUCCGAUUGCAAUGACUCCAAACCUCAUUGACACUGUUUAUCAUAAUCCAUCCAACACCUUGACAGCACCAAUUAUUAUUCUUGACGACAACUUUCUCGCAAAAGAUAUCCAACUUUACUAUCCAGCAUAUCCGACAUACGUUCUAUCGGUAGAUACUUACAAACAAUUGUUAAAUAUUAUUAAGAGAAUUUGGAAAACAUCAUUAUGGAAUACUGCAUCAAUAUUUUACGUCAUCGGUAACACUGAGGAAUCAUGCGAGAAUGCGUUAGUAAUUACUUACGUACUAUGGCAAUUUGAAUGCUUAUCAUAAUUUGUAAUAUGUCAAGGAAUGAACAAUCAAACAAUGCUGUAUACGUUAAAUCCAUUCACCCAUCGAGCACCAUAUCCAUGGAUCGAAAUUGAGGGAAUUGAAGUUGAGGAUCCAAGAAUAGCCUUAUACGGACAACCUUUCAUAAAUGAUAAAAUGUUGUGUGAUGCUCUUAACUUUGAUAAGACGCAGUUUUUAGACGGUUAUAACGUAACGAUAAGUACGUUAGGAGACCAUUUCCUACAGAAGUACGUUUUUCCUAGCUUAAACAUGACUCCGAUUCACAAAUAUGAAGUUGGAGCAGAGACAUAUUUAUUUGCUAAUCGUUUUCAAGAUAUCAGUGGCACGUUGUCAUCUUUCGAUUUCGUUGAUACUAGAUAUGUUGAUUUAGUAUCAGGGGUUGUCGAAAGUAAUUUUGCUAUAGUAACAAAAAAAGAAGUUUUUUGUCAUUAUUUAAUCAAGUUACUAGUGUAUUUGAUGUUGGAGAUAUUAUUGCACUAGUUAUCACUCUCAUACUAUUUAUAAUAGUAAUUAUGUUGAGCAAUGAGUAUCAGAUUCUCCCGGCUUUUAUGGAUGUCUUCAAAUUGCUAUUAAGAAUGGGUAUGGAUUCACCUGUUGACCGGCUGUUCAUGAAAAUCAAUCUUUUUACUGCAUUGUUGUUCAUUUUUAUGUUAGGUCCAGCUAUUGACGCACAAUUAUUUGCAAUACUGACUCGCCCGUUAUCUUUUGAAGCGAAAACACUUCAAGAUUUGCAUGAUCAGCGAUACCAUGUC